GCGCCUGCGCACGGGCGGAGCUGACCCCUCGCCGGAGCGGGCAGGCGGAGGGAGGAGUGGUCCCGGGAGUAACUGCCGGAGUUGGUGCGCCGCAGGUCCGGGGGCGCCCGCUUCCCUGGGCCUCGGAGGCCUGCAGGCCUUCGGAACGCGGCUUCUUGCGGGGGCGUGACCUGAGCCCGCCUCCUCGGCUGGGAGUGGAGGAGAAUGGGGAUCGCUGAGGCCUUUAAUUAAUUUGGUGCCUGUUGUUUGUUUGCCCGAGGAGAUGACACAUGGGGUCUCAGCACUCCUCCAAUGCCCUCACAUUUUGUCAACGAAAGAAGGAUGACAACCCGGAGGACUUGCUGGCUGAUAGAGAUCAGGAGGAAGCCAUCGCUCAGUUUCCCUAUGUGGAGUUCACUGGGAGAAAUAGCAUCACCUGUCACACCUGCCAGGGAGCAGGCUACAUCCCAGCAGAGCAAGUCAACGAGUUGGUGGCUUUGAUCCCCCACAGUGACCAGAGGUUGCGUCCUCAGAGAACGAAACAGUAUGUCCUCCUGUCGGUCCUGCUGUGUCUCCUGGCAUCUGGCCUGGUGUUCUUCUUUCUGUUUCCACACUCAGUUCUCGUGGAUGAUAAUGGCAUCAAAGUGGUGAAAGUCACAUUUAAUAAACAGGACUCCCUUGUGGUCCUCGAUGUCACGGCCACCCUGAAGAUCAGGAACUCCAACUUCUACCCCGUGGCCGUGACCAACCUGUUCAGCCAGGUUCAGUACAUGAAGGCUGUAGUUGGCUCAUACACGACCACGAACAUCACGCUCAUUCCCCCUCAGAGUGAGCACCUGGUGAAUUUUACGGUGAAGGCUGAGGUGGGAGGACCAUCUUCCUAUGUGUACUUCUACUGCACACUCCCUGCCAUCCUGGUACACAACAUUGUGAUCUUCAUGAGGACUUCUGUGAAGAUUUCCUACAUUGGCCACAUAUCCCAGAGCACCCUGGAGACACAACACUAUGUGGACUGUGGGGCCAAUUCCACAGCUGUGCAGAGCCUGCUUGUGGUUCAGCGGGGGCCACACCUGUAGAAGGCAGGCUAACGUCUGUCCCUAUGGCUGGCCCAGCGUCCAUGUGGUAUAGUGGUAGGGGAGGAGGCUGCUCUGUCAGCCCACAGAAAGCACCCUCCCACCCAGGAGAGAGCCACCCUUCUAACUAAACCACUGCCCAGUGCCUAGUCUGUGCCUAGCAAAUAGUUAGCACUCAACUACAGUUUGAAGAAUUAGAGUCAGAUAUUUUGGCUGCUCUUUAGAAGUUGAGAUGAACCAGGGCUCUAGGUUUUCAGACCAGAGUAACAUGAAGGCAGGAUGCUAGUGCAGCUGCAGACAUCUGGGUGUGAGAAGCACCAGCGGGGAAGGGUGUCCAGAACAUCCCUGAGGAGCCCUCAGUGGCCUCUACGUCUGUUCCCUGAUGCCCACCCCACCCCACCCCCGGCUUUUCAGAAAGGUUUUGGCGUUUCUUUUCCUUCCCCAUACAAAGUGAUUCCAGUUUCCCUCCAAGGGUCUAUUGAGUGGCUUGAUGGACCUUUGAUCCACUGGCUGGAUAUGGAUUGAGAAUUUGAUAGAAAAAUAAACCCUGCUUUUGAUUGCUCUG